AUGGCUCCCUUUCUUGCGAACAGCCAAAACACGAUCGGCGAGACAAGAACAAACCAAGUCUCAGUGAACACAGCAGCAGAUGAUGUCGCGAACACUGCUCAACACACUUAUUCGAAUCAAGUUGAGGAUCACGCUAUCGAUACAGAAUUCCUGAUUGUUGGCGCAGGGCCUGCGGGUGCAGCCUUAGCUUGCUUUCUUGGCUCCUAUGGGCUCAAGGGCAUAAUGAUCAGCAGCGCGUCAGGGACAGUAAACACUCCUCGCGCCCAUAUUACCAACAUGGCCGCACUUGUCCUGGAACCGGUUCUAGUUCGUCAUGCGGCUUUGAAAGGCUUCAAGUGUCGCUUUCAUACGACACUUCUUUCAUUCUCCAAUGACGAGAAGACUGGGUUUAUCAUAGCAAGCAUUCGCGAUGAAAUCUCAACCCACGAAUACCGCAUCCGCACCAAGUAUCUGUUGGGGGCCGAUGGUGCCCGCAGUCAAGUGGUGAAAGAACUGAACUUGCCUCUCGCAGUCCUGCCAGGACAAGGUUCAGCAAUCAACGUGCUUGUCAAGGCCGAGAUCUCCCAUCUUGUCAAAAAUCGGACUGGCAACCUUCAUUGGGUAAUGCAGCCGGAUCGCGACCACCCUAACUUUGGUUGGAUGGCAAUCGUUCGCAUGGUAAAGCCUUGGAAUGAGUGGAUGUUCAUCUUGUUCCCAGAUCGCAGCUAUGACCGUUCUCAAAGCAAACCCUCCAUGGAGGAGUACCAAAAGAGGGUGCAGGAGUUUAUUGGAGAUGACACACCUGUCGAAAUUCUCGACAUCUCGUUCUGGCAUAUCAAUGAGACUGUUGCGGAGAAGUACUCAGAAGGCAAAAUAGAUCCUGCUUUUAGUUUCUGUCUCGGCGACGCUGUGCACCGCCACCCUCCGUUGAACGGCCUGGGCUCAAACACGUGCAUCCAAGACGCCUUCAAUUUGGCCUGGAAGCUUGCCUAUGUCUGCCAAGGCCUCGCGUCCCCGUCGCUUCUAUCCACAUAUUCCAGCGAAAGACAGCCGGUUGGUCAUUCAGUAGUUACCCGAGCGAACCAGGCAUUCCGCGAUCACUUUCACGUGUGGGAUGCGCUUGGCAUGCUGCCGGCGGAUGUUUCUGACCGGAAACAGAUGUUGGAGGAAUUGAAGAGUGCAACCCCACAAGGAUCAAAUCGUCGCCGUGCCUUGCGUGAGGCAAUCAAACACACCUCUCAUGAGUUUCACGGGCUGGGAGUCGAAAUGAACCAGCACUACGAGGGCCGAGGAAUAUAUUCGACUGACGAAGCGCAACCCUAUAGGCAAUUCGGAAGGGCGGCCGAGGAUAAAGUACUGUAUCAUGAACCAAGCACAUAUCCUGGCUCUCGCUUGCCACACGUUUGGCUCAAUAAGGCAACACCAGAGAAGCCUAUCUCGACAAUUGAUCUUGCUGGUCAUGGCUUGUUCACACUUUUGACUGGAAUUGGAGGUGAGGCUUGGAAGGAAGCGGCUGGAACUGUUGCCAAGAAGCUCAAGAUUCCUAUCCAGGCGUGUUCGAUUGGAUUCAGGCAAGAUUGGGAGGAUGUUUACUUUGAGUGGGAAACUGUCCGUGGUGUAGAAGAAUCGGGGGCCGUGUUGGUUCGACCGGAUCGAUUCAUUGCAUGGAGAGCAUUAAAAGCUUUGCAGGACAGUACAGCCUGUGAAAGAAAGCUUCUCACGGUUAUGAGAUCCGUUCUGGGAUUCGAAAAUCUGUAG